CGCAUCAUGGGCAAGUUCGUCCACGGGCUGUGACCUCUUUAUUGAAGGUGCCCUCACGAUAAUGGCAGAGAGGAGAAAACACAGAAAACCAUGGCAACCCGCAUUCCGCCUCUGAUAGAGCCGUACCUUGGCCUCCCUCCUGAAUGCGCCCACAUUGUCCUUACCAAUGUUCUUGGCGCCACCACCAACUGGCUCAUAUUGCGAUACCUCUAUUCCUAUCUCCAUAAGAAGCCAGCCUCCGCCGGGGCAAAUAGCGAUGGAAAUGACGACCCAACCGUCAACGUUGUGCUCGUGAGCUUUAUGCGGGAUUUUAUUUUCUGGAAGGAGGGGGCCGGUAGAUUGGGACUGGACCUCGAAUCCCUCGCCCGCGCAGGCCGUUUCGUAUUCGUCGACGGCCUGACGGGGCUCUUCACCCCGCCGCCAGCAACCACCAGAGCGGGCCCGGUUCCCAACCCCAGGGGCAGACGCACAUUGCGGAGCGUCGACCUGCCGGACGUUAGGCGGGAACUCCUUGCCGCCGUGUCCGACAUUGGGGCGGGGACAGGAGCAGGGUCCACGCAGGGCAAGACUGUUCUCAUCAUAGACCAGCCGGACAUCCUCCUUGCCAUGAUGGCAGACCUUGACCCGGACCCGUCAGAUGGUGGUGCGACGACCCGCGGUCAGGCACUACGUGAGGCGUUGCUCGACGUGCAAGAGGCUGUCUACGCCUCCAUCUUUGCCGUGGCGGCGGAUGAGCCUCUCGUGGCCGCGCAGACAACGUUGCUGGAGAGGGAGCAUGCAGCACUUGUGCUCUCGUUGGCGCAUUCGGCACUUUUGGUUCUCUCACUGCGGCUCUUGGAUACGGGAGGCGCCAGCGAUGUAAGCGGGGUUUUGCGGGCUACGAGGGGUGGAGACUUGGAGCAUCACCAUAACGAUGGGAAGGCCGUUGAAGAAGCCGAGUUGCUAUAUUUAAUGGCCACGGAUGGGAGCGUUAAGGUGUUUCAGAGAGGACAGUGAGCGAGUUACAACAAAAAAUUCUCGUUCUGCAAGAUGGGUAGCUUCUGCAGAGGGGUGGGCUUUGCGUCUGUGGCUGGGAUAUCUAUUAGGCCGAGAAGAAAUAUAACCAGGCGGGAUCAUGAACCAUCUAACUUGUAAAUGGUAUUUGGGCAUCAUU